AUGGAGCCGGUACCAGAAACAGAAGGCAUGGAGCAAUUUCGGGCUUCGCCAGUCCCAAGUCUGAGACUCCAAGAAUCGUCUCUCUACGAAUAUCGAAGCAACGAUCGAGAGUCAAACAAGAGACCUCCCACGUUACGAAGAGUGACGGAUCCUAUACCCUCAUCACCACGUUCUCCCCAGAUGUCUUCUGCCCUACCUUAUCGAUCACGAAAUACCUCGCCAUACGCUCGCGGUCACUUACGGUCAAAGUCAUCGACAAGUGCACUUGCGCCCCCAAUGUCGAGAGCUCAGAGUUUACCUGGAUUCAAUGCGGCAGGGCAGCUUCUGAUUUCACCUCAACGUCCGUCGAGUCCUCUUGGGUCACCAAAUCGAGUUCGCACGCCUAGAAAACCGGCAGAUGAAGUAUUUCCUGGGUUUCCAACGAGAAAUUUGAGAGACAUCAGUGAAACUGGAGGUUCUGAGUCACCCGAUCAUACACCUAGACCUAUGGAACGAAGUGUGUCUCCUAUUUUAGGUCUUCCCAGUUCUGCAAGUUAUACUCGAGCCCGUCGACCUGCCUCUCCUCUACGACAUCUUGCGCAACAGAAUGCUUCGGCUUAUAGUACGGCUCCUACAACACCAUCCUCUAUCAAUUCCUCCCCAUCAUAUCAAUCUCCAAAGUUCAACGAAGCUCUGCUAGGAAGUACAAAUUACAAUGCGUUUAAUUAUCCUGGCUCCUACACUUCCUCUUCCGUCCCAUCUACGCCUACGUCUAUCAGAUCUCGAAGUCCUAGUAUUUCCAGUUUGGAAACUAUUCCGGAUUCGCCAGAUGCGGAAGAAGAAGCUUUGGAAGCAGAGAGAAUUGCACAAUUGAAAGCGGAUGCAGAUGCAGCAGAUAGCGGAGAAGACAGCAAGGACAAGGGAAUGGAUGGUUCUGGUACACGUGGUAGAACUCUGGGUGCUGGUUUUGGUAGAGACAAGCGGAAACGAUGGAGUGUUUGUGGAGCAGAGAGAAGAGGUGAUUUGAAUCUAGACACAAUCUGGGAAGAUUGA